AGAGUCAAGCGCGCGUCACUAGGUCAACAAGAGCAACACGCUUUUUUCUUUCCAUUGCUUUUGCAGAUAUCUACGUUUCUGUUCUCGCUGUACCAGAGAACAAAAUUUUCUUCUCCUACUCUCGCUUUCUCCUCACCUCUCCAUUCCCCACCAUCCCAAUUUCGGUUCUCAACAAAGAUCGCAACUUUGCUUCUAGAUUCCCUCUUUUUCUGUUCUCCGAUUCAUGGGCUUGUCUUGGAAUUUGGAACCAUAGACACCUCCAUGGACAAAUCGCACAGCUUUCUUCACAGUAUUGUGAAACACUUCAAAUUCGGUUCUAGUAAAGAGCGAAACAAUGAAGCUGACAUACAGAAAAUGGCGGCACAGGAGCAGAAGGUAUUUGCCUAUGAAACCUUGGUUGCUGUCACCAAGAAUUUUAGUGCUCUUCAUAAGCUAGGCGAGGGAGGUUUUGGACCUGUCUACAAGGGUAAGCUGAAUGAUGGGAGAGAGAUUGCAGUGAAGAAGUUGUCGCACACUUCAAACCAAGGGAAGAAGGAAUUCAUGAAUGAGGCCAAAUUGUUGGCUCGUGUGCAGCAUCGGAAUGUGGUGAAUUUGUUGGGUUAUUGUGUCCAUGGCACAGAGAAGCUACUUGUUUACGAGUAUGUGUCUCACGAGAGCCUUGACAAACUUCUAUUCAAAUCGCAGAAGAGAGAGCAGCUUGAUUGGAAACGUAGGUUGGGCAUAAUCACAGGCGUGGCAAAGGGGUUGCUUUAUCUUCACGAAGACUCGCACAAUUGCAUCAUCCAUCGUGACAUAAAGGCGAGUAACAUUUUGCUUGAUGACAAAUGGACGCCCAAGAUUGCAGAUUUUGGCAUGGCCCGUCUCUUCCCCGAAGAUCAAAGCCAGGUCAAUACACGUGUGGCUGGAACCAAUGGGUAUAUGGCUCCGGAGUAUGUGAUGCAUGGAAAUCUAUCGGUAAAGGCAGACGUAUUUAGCUAUGGAGUUUUGGUAUUAGAGUUGAUCACUGGCCAACGAAAUUCGUCCUUCAAUUUGAGUGUGGAUGCGCAGAAUCUGCUUGAUUGGGCAUACAAAAUGUACAAGAAAGGGAAGAGCUUAGACAUUGUAGAUCCUGCAUUAGCAUCUACAGCGGAAGCAGAACAAGUGAGCAUGUGCAUUCAACUUGGUCUGCUAUGCGCUCAAGGUGAUCCACAGCUACGUCCAACGAUGAGGCGCGUGGUGGUGAUGCUGUCACGGAAGCCAGGACACAUGGAAGAACCAACGAGACCAGGAGUACCUGGUUCAAGAUAUAGAAGACCUCGCAGGCACUCUGCAUUGUCUUCCACUGCGGGUACCUCUGAUUCACACACUUCUGAUUCAAGCAAUAACAAUACUACUGUUACUACUGCAACGGGAACAAGCUCCGCAACUGCUACUGUAGAAAUUGACACAAGAGGGAAACGUCCAAUGUAUUAAUUUUGCCAUCAUGUUAUUCUUUUUGCAAUGUAAGUAUAUGAACUAAGUAGAAUAUUGUAGAUAUUGCGAGGGUUAGAUUAGGAGUGGCGAGGUUUAUGUCAAUUCUUAUUCUUUAAUAUUUUGCAAUUGAGAAAUGAGCACAAAUUCGGUGAUCUCAUUUUCCACCGCCCCACCAAAGUACUAUGUACUAUUCUCGUUCUCACAACUGAAUUAUAUGGAAUAAGGGUUGAAGCAAGAUUGUGGAAGCAGAAUGGUAGCUUUGUAAAUUUGCUUUCUUUUUCUGUCUUUGUAAAUUUGCAUCAACAGCUGAAGUAGAGAGGGCUGAUGAAUGAUAAUGUAUAAUCUUUACAUG